GGGCUGAAGAAAGCCAUGGUCCCCAAGUUCGUGGACGUGUACGUCGUGGCAGGCCGUUUCACCAGCACCAUGGCCGGCGUGGACAUGACGGGCAUGGACCUCUACGAGGACAUGCGCAUCGUCCACGACAAGCUGGCCGUCUGUUUGGCCCUCGCGACAGCCUUGACCAGGAAGGUACUCCUCGAAAAGAUCAGCCCCGACGAUGCGAUCAAGUUCCAGGAGACUUUCCUCGUGGACGCCGUGAUCAAGCUCCUCCGCGGCAGCGGCAUGGUUGACGCCUGUGCGAAGUUCGCCACGGAGGUCGUGAAGUUAUUGCCCAACAUGCCCGAGUCGAGCUGCCGGUGCGACCUCUCCAGGUGGGUCGCCCUCGCCUUGGUGAAGCAGGCGUCCGCGGACGAGUUGGAUAAGAUCGAGGAGAUCAAGGACGCGUACUCGAAGGAGGCCGGCGACAACCAGUCGAAGUUUGCCAGGUCGAUGAAGGUAUUCGAUACGGGCCUGCUGCUGAUGAAACAGGUGGACAACGAGCUUGCGGCGGUGAAGGCAGAGAGCGGCCUGCGCCUGACCUUGGACAAGCUCACCCAGGACGUCGGCAAGGUUGGCGCCCUCAGAGGCCUUUGCGAGGACAAGGUCACCAUCGACUCCGACCAAGUCGCGGUGCUUCAGAAUCUGCAGGAGAAUCUGUCGAAGCUCCAGGGCGUCAUGACCGAUCGGUUCAAGGCGGCCAACGAGGUGCAGUUGGCUGCUGUGAGCGACUUCCUCGAGAACGCCAGGGCUUCUUUUAUGUCGGCAUACGGCGUCAGGUCUAUCCAAACGGUGAUCGAUAAAAUCUUCAAGCCGGCGCUGCCUCUUCUCAAUGAGAUAUGCAACGACGCAUCGGGAACUCUGAAGAUCGACGAUCAGCGGCAAGCGGCGUGGCAGUUGGCAAGCACGCAUGCGACGAUGGAGGCCCUUCCAGACAUUGCCGACACUGUAUUCCCCAAGUUCGCGACCGCCGAGCAAACCAACGGCUUCACCACGACCUGCGCGGCCAUCUCCGUCGACACCCGCUGCGUGAUCGCCGGGGUCUCUGCGUUGCUGGGCAAUGCCCCCUUUGACUUGUGCGACCCCGUCUUGUUGAAGCUGGUUGAGCUGCUGGACGACGAGAACGACGAUAAGCACACCAUGCUGAAUAACCCCGACGACAACGCGAAGGAGUUCGAGGCGAAGGUCCGGGCUGUCAUCAGCAAGCGCCUCAACUGCUACAUCUUCAACGACGGCGUCAUGGCCAAAUUCAAGACGCAGGCUAAGCAGCUCUGGGAUUUGGGGCCGGUGUGCGUCGAGCGCUUCCUUGGCACCUGGAUCCCAGGCGACGUGGCAGUCGCGGACAACGUCGUCGAGGUGCUCUCCACGUUCGUCUCCCAUUACAGGGGCUUCGUUUGCCCCUCGCCCUCGAUCCUCGACGACCCCGAGCAUCGCGGCGUCUCCAUCGACGCGAUGGCGUGGGCGCCGUUGCUUGCCCGGUUCAAGCAGCAGCCGACCAGCGGGCACCACCUCGUCAAGAAUUUGCCCGCCGUCGAGAGCGACCUGUCAGAAGAUGAUGAAAUGAACGGCCUGACGAGCAUGAUGAAGCAUCUCGAGGCGGCGGUGUAUCAGGGCGAGACGCUGAAGCAGAUCAUGGAGUUCGCUGAAUCAUGGUCGGGGAUAUCGUCAGAUUUACACGCGAGGAUUAUCGAUUUGGUCACUCAGUGCAAGAGGGCGCACGACGCUGACAAGGCUGGUUUGCGGCAGUCGGUGGUGGACUUCGUGGCCCGGGUGGCCCUCGGCGCUGAUCGCUCCGCGCAGCAGGUGGGUUUGGCAGCUCUCAUGUCGGAGACCGCCGGCGAGUUCUACCAGAAGAAGGACGACGUCGUCGCGAUGUGCUCGGCGCCGCUCAUGAGGGCCAUCUUCGCCGAGAUGAAGUGGUUCUACAGCGCCGCUGUCCGCGACGUGCGCGCCCUGUGCGAGGGCGCUCUCGGGUUCGACCCAGCGGCCAGCAACGACGCCGUUCAGCGGGCUGGACUCCUCGCCGGGAGCGGCACUGCGGUGCUGGCGAUGUGGCGUCCGCUUCGCCAGGGCGAG